AUGGGAAAGCAGUAUAUUAGCACGGUGAGUGCCUCUAAGGCUCAUAAGUCGGAUAUAUAUGGUGUUGAAAUUACUUCCAAGUAUACUAUAUCAAUUUCGAGCGAUGGAUAUGCCAAAUUCUGGGAUAACAAGAAGGAUGAGGUGCAUCAACCCACGGACUUUGUUCAAUCGUUGUUUAUAAAUGCAAGUGGAAUUCAUCAUUUAUCGGUUUAUGAAAAUAAAAUACCGAGCUCGACUGUGCAGGUUACUAUUUUGGCAUUUGCUUGUUUCAAUGGCGAGAUUUUCUUCAAGUAUUACAUCAAUGGUGAUUUUGCAAGGAUAAAGGAUAUUGCAUUUAAAUUGGAAAAAUGUUGGAUACCUGGAUUUUAUGUUGAUCCCGAAAACAAACAGGAUUUUUUUUUGGUUACCAAGAUGAAUGGGGUGACUGAGGUGUAUACUUUGAGUAUCGAGAGCAAAGAGGAGGAGGAAGAAGAAGAGGAAGUUUCUAUCAAAUUUGAAAAAUAUGGAGAUUUGGGUGGUUCUACAACAACUGGUUCAUCGCGAUCCUGGCCUAGCUCAUCCUUUUCCAAUUCUUUAUCUGUGAAUCAGACAGAGAACAAAAAAUGUGCAGUGGGGCAUAUGAAUGGGAAUGUCUUGCUCUAUGAUUUCCAAACACUAAAGUUGGUGUAUACGUUUAAAUCCACCGACUUAGUAGUGAGCAGAAACCCAAAGCUAAACUCUUCCUCUUCGGUUCCUAGAGCUUUGGCAUUUUCACCUGGUGGCACCUUGCUUGCUGUGGCAAGAGACAAUCAAGCAGCAGGCUCUAUUACGCUAUACGAUGUUCAAUAUGGAGAGAAUGUGGGGACACUUGCGACGCCGUCGCAUUCGGCAAAAAGCGUAGUUGGUGGGUUUGCUCAUCAAGGGUGGAUUAUGGGGCUUGAUUUUGAUGAAACGGGGAAAAAUUUGGUUAGCUGUGGAUUCGAUAAGUGUGUGCGAGUUUGGGACUUGGAUACCAGGGAAAGAGAGGCCACUAUAAAUAUCUCCAUUUCUGAUUUCGAUGACACUACGACUGAUCAGCAAGAUGAGAGUAUUGCUAGUGGUGUUAAAUUUAUUAAAAAGGGUAUUAGAGGCGGCGCUGGCGGUGACAAUAAUGACGGAAUCUGCGUUGUCAGUUUCGACAGAGGUAUUAGAUGGUAUAGAGAAGCUGGUGGAAUUUGA